GGCGGCGGCGGGAGUGGGAGGGACGGCGACAGAGAAGGACACAGCCGGCCGAUUCUCUGGGCAAGACUGGGCCGGGGCAGGGAUCAGAGAGCAGGGACGAGGUCCACAACCCUGCGGGAGGAGAGGCGGGACUGAGACGCUGCGGCGGGGACCGUGCAGCAGGCGCGAGGUGGCCACAGAACUCGGCGACCCCAGGGAGAGGGUCGCAGGACUGUGGGUAACAGCAGGCGGCGGGGCGCCCUGGGCCCCGGGACCCCACAACCUAAGUCCGGGCUUCAUGAUGCUGCCGCCCGGGCAGCGCCCAGCUCUUGGCGCGGGGCAGCGCUGAAAGUUGCGCAGGAAGCGGUGCGGGACGGCGCGGAGACCCCGCAACCCACGGCGGCCGCCCGGGUCAGCGGCGACAUCGCGGGCAGGCGGCGCCCAAGCCCCGAGCCCCGCGCCCCCGGACGCCGCCCGCCGGACUUCGCCGGGGGAUGUAGCGACCACUCGCUGCCCAGACCCUUCUCGGAUCUCUCGCCCCAGGACCCUGCAUCUCCCCAGGUGACCACGCCGGCCUCAGGUCAUGCACGGACACAGCCGAAACGGGCAGGCCCACGUGCCCCGGCGGAAACGCCGCAACCGCUUCGUCAAGAAGAACGGCCAGUGCAACGUCUACUUUGCCAACCUGAGCAACAAGUCCCAGCGUUACAUGGCGGACAUCUUCACCACCUGUGUGGACACACGCUGGCGCUACAUGCUCAUGAUCUUUUCUGCUGCCUUCCUCGUCUCCUGGCUCUUUUUUGGCCUCCUUUUCUGGUGCAUUGCCUUCUUCCACGGUGACCUGGAGGCCAGCCCCUCGGUGCCUGCUGCAGGAGGCCCGGGGGGCAAUGGUGGGGCAGCCCCGACGGCCCCCAAACCCUGCAUCAUGCAUGUAAACGGCUUUUUGGGAGCCUUCCUGUUCUCAGUGGAGACACAGACGACCAUCGGUUAUGGGUUCCGGUGUGUGACGGAGGAAUGCCCGUUGGCUGUCAUUGCAGUGGUGGUCCAGUCCAUCGUGGGCUGUGUCAUCGACUCCUUCAUGAUUGGCACUAUCAUGGCCAAGAUGGCACGGCCCAAGAAGAGGGCACAGACGCUGCUGUUCAGCCACCAUGCGGUCAUCUCAGUGCGUGAUGGCAAGCUCUGCCUGAUGUGGCGUGUGGGCAACCUGCGCAAGAGCCACAUUGUUGAGGCCCAUGUCCGAGCUCAGCUCAUCAAGCCCUACAUGACCCAAGAGGGCGAGUACCUGCCGCUGGACCAGCGGGACCUCAACGUGGGCUAUGACAUCGGCCUGGACCGCAUCUUCUUGGUGUCACCUAUCAUCAUCGUCCAUGAGAUUGAUGAGGACAGUCCACUCUACGGCAUGGGCAAGGAGGAACUGGAGUCGGAGGACUUCGAGAUCGUGGUUAUCCUGGAGGGCAUGGUGGAGGCCACAGCUAUGACCACGCAGGCCCGCAGUUCUUACCUGGCCAGUGAGAUCCUGUGGGGCCACCGGUUCGAGCCCGUGGUCUUUGAGGAGAAGAGUCAUUACAAGGUGGACUACUCACGAUUCCACAAGACCUACGAGGUGGCUGGCACGCCCUGCUGCUCUGCCCGUGAGCUGCAGGAGAGCAAGAUUACGGUGCUGCCCGCCCCGCCGCCCCCUCCCAGUGCCUUCUGCUAUGAAAACGAGCUGGCCCUCAUGAGCCAGGAGGAAGAGGAGAUGGAAGAGGAAGCCGCGGCUGCAGCCGCCGUGGCUGCAGGCCUGGGCCUGGAGGCGGGUUCCAAAGAGGAGGCAGGUAUCAUUCGGAUGCUUGAGUUUGGUAGCCAUCUGGAUCUGGAGCGCAUGCAAGCCACCCUCCCGCUGGACAAUAUUUCCUAUCGCAGGGAGUCUGCCAUCUGACCUCCAGGGCCUGCCCUCCUCUAUUCCUGCAAGACCCUCUGCCAGGGGUGGGGUGCCAGGAUAAGCCUCCCACUCUCAGGAUAGAGCUGAACCUGGCUCUGUGGACCUGGAGGAAGGUGGGGACUUCAAAGACUAGGAGAUCCCUUCCUGUUGACUGCAGAGCCCAGGACGGGGAAGGACCCAGGUACUCAGCCCUGCUGACCUGAGCUCUGCCCUCGGCACCUCCCCACGGGUGGCUCUGGGCCCCCAGACCUUCCACCCUUUCCCCACUGACCCUUCAAGGAUGUGACCCUUCUGCUCUCAGGACCUUGGGGAAGGUGGCUGGACUGCUAGGGAGGGUGGGCAUCA